GGCAGCUGUAUAAAAGUCAGCCCUGAAAAUUUAGGGUGACAUUUUCGUGCCAAAAGCCAGACAGUAUGGACCUCACUCUUCUGUGGGUGCUUCUGCCACUGGUAACCACAGCCUGGGGCCAGUAUGGGGACUACGGGUACCCAUACCAGCAGUACCACGACUACAGUGAUGAUGGCUGGGUGAAUCUGAACCGGCAAGGCUUCAGCUACCAGUGUCCCCACGGGCAAGUGGUGGUAGCCGUGAGGAGCAUCUUCAGCAAGAAGGAAGGCUCUGACAGACAAUGGAACUAUGCCUGCAUGCCCACACCCCAAAGCCUCGGGGAGCCCACGGAGUGCUGGUGGGAGGAGAUCAACAGGGCUGGCAUGGAAUGGUACCAGACUUGCUCCAACAAUGGACUGGUGGCAGGGUUCCAGAGCCGCUACUUCGAGUCAGUGCUGGACCGGGAGUGGCAAUUUUACUGCUGUCGCUACAGCAAGAGAUGUCCCUAUUCCUGCUGGCUGACAACAGAGUACCCAGGCCACUAUGGGGAGGAAAUGGACAUGAUUUCCUAUAACUACGACUACUACAUCCGAGGAGCAACAACCACUUUCUCUGCAGUGGAAAGGGAUCGCCAAUGGAAGUUCAUAAUGUGCCGGAUGACUGAUUAUGACUGCGAGUUUGCAAAUGUUUAGAUUUGCCACCUACAGAAGUCUGAGGGAAGGGCAAGGGGCCAGGCGUCCUGAGGGUGUCCUGUCAUAUAGACUAAUAUUAAUUAGAACAUCUGCAGUUCUUUCUUUGGUCUCUUCCCUGAGAUGGGAGGUACAGCAUCAGCUGCCUGGGCCUUUCUCACCACGAUUACACGCAUAAACAAACCCACAUAUAAGCUAUGUUUCUCACUUUUAACGCUUUCAGUAACAGCCAUCCCCAGUUGCUGCUGAUGGCUUCCUUGCAUACCACACAUACAGCAUCUGCAUACUUGUAGCCUGCUGCCCAGAGCACCUGCCAAAGCUUUGUGGCUAUUCUCACCAUCACGUAAGCUUCAAAUUCAGCUUCGUGAAGGUGGACUGAGAGAAAGGAAGAGUUAAGAGUUACGGUAAAGAUUCUCUACAGCUAAGUCUGUUCGAGUGACACCCGGAGACCUCACCUGGAAUGGGGAGGCACGCUCUGUCUUGAGGGAACAUACCCACUCUCUCCUUCCAUGGGAACCACACAGACUAGACAUUCAAGUGAAGAUCCAUGUGCUCCAGAAGAGAGGGGACUUGGAGGUGAAAGGGUGAGGUGGGAGAGUUUGUGAACCGAGCUGAGAUGUUAGACUGAAAGAAUUUCCUCGAUUCAAAAACAUAUGUCAAUAUACCCAAUAAUGAAAAUGAAUAUAAGGGCCAGGAGAAACCUGUGAGAAUCAGUCUUAAGAAAGAAACAAUGAAAGAUAAGAGAAUGGGAGUCAGAUUAAGAAUUUGGGGAGACAAGAGUGACAAGGAAAAAAAGGAUCUUGGGUCAUCAGAAGCUUGACCCAUGCCCAGUAUUCUAAGGAAGACUGCCAUAUCCCCACAAGCCAUGGGGGAUCUGCUGGCACCUGUCUGGACUGGUCCUAAAUGAUCCACCCCACUUUCCCAUGUAGCUUGGAAAUGAAUUAUGCAGACAUGAUGCUGUCUUUAUUUCUCCAGUGAUAUCUCUAUCCCUAGCCACUUGUACCUUCUUCCUCACAAUAAAAAUAAAAGUAUCAAUAUCCA